AUGGUCGACUCGGUUAAGCUACCUACUCCAAUGAAAUCCCACAACGAAAGCCGCCAAGUAAAAAGUCUCAAAUUUCUGGCGCUGGAGAUUACUCAAGAUAUUGAUGACAUCCAUUUCCUGGAAGACGAAUCUUUUUCGACGAGCCCACCGCGUACUAAGGUAAUGAAGAAACGUCAAAGUCGCCGGAAUUUGAACCAUAAGCAAUCGGAGGCCGAUAUUUUGGCUCAAUUCAUGAAUGACGAUGAUCAUCUGCUGCAAUUACCACCUCCUCCAAACCAAGCAAAACUGAUUUCCCAACAAAAUUCUCGCCUGGUAAGUCUGCUGAGUCGUAAUGUGUCGAGAUGUGGCACACCCGCCAAUGCCAGCGUUGACGAUUUAGCGAACAUGCUGUUCAUUAGUGAUGAGGAUGGUAACACCAGUAUUGACGACGCGUCCAGAAUCGAACCAGUUAAAAAUGGGAACAUCACACCCGAAGAAAACCGUAAACAACGAUCGCUCUCGAAAAAGAAAAGUCGAUCCCAAUUGAGAAAGAAGAAGCUGAGAGCUAAAUUGCGGGAAGCCAAAGAGGCGGCAAGUGCCGCAGUUUCUUCGAAUGGAUUCACGGGCGGUGAUAACGCUUCUACAAAUGGCUCUCUUGAUGAAGACAAUCUGAGUGUAGGCGCUCAUAACUUACCGCCUACGCCAUCAAUGUCAGAAUUAACUCGCAAGCCUCUGGUAGCUGCGUUGAUUGCUGGUAUUGAGGGCAACUCCAAGGGUGCUUCUACCCUGGAAGUGCCUUUCGAGGUUCGCUUAAGACCUCUCAACAUCAAUAAUACCAAAAAACUGGAAAAGCUCCCCGAGAUCCAACCAGUGAAGCUGAUUAUUGGACUUUCGGUUGUGCAAAUCUUGAAGCUCAACGCUAAUGAUGUGAAGAUGAAAACUUUGAUGCAGUCGCUGACUCUCUCAAAAUAUGCUCAAACUGGUAUUAACUUUACGCUGCGUCAUACUGAUGAGUUGUUCAGCGAUCCCCAAAAGCAACGGAUCUUCUUUUUGUUGUGCAUCAAUGUUGCUCUCUUCGAGGCAGUGGGCUUCAAGCGUACCUUGCAGCAACACUCAAACCUUUUGGACUUAUUCGGUGGGUACUCGGAGAUCAAUUUGGAAACAACUCGGACGAGGCUUACUCCGCUGAAUAAGCAGGUUCAUCAAAACAACUUGGACUAUUCUGUCUUGUCAUACCUUGGUAACAUCCUUAUUUGGGCUGCUAAUCUUCAACGUGAGGCCGGCAAAGAUUUGUUGUAUGGCACCUAUGGCAUCAAUGUUGAUACUCAAACGGUUCGAGACAAUGUAGGAGGAUGGCACUUAUGGGAUCGUUUGCAUAGAGAACGCAAGCAUAUGAGCUCAAAACGUUGGAAGCAUGUUAUCAAGUUUCGAACUGCAUUUCCCUUUGAGGUUGAUCAGUUUAUGUUGAUUUUGCGGUUCAUGAAGGUUGACAUUUCGAAUUUGCUUUAG